GUGAGUCCCAGCGCCAGGUGAGUCCCACUGCCAGUUGAGUCCCAGCACCAGGUGAAUCCCAGUGCCAGUUGAGUCCCAGUACCAGGUGGGUCCCAGUACCAGGUGGGUCCCAGUGCCAGGUGAGUCCAAGCACCAGGUGGGUCCCAGUGCCAGGUGGGUCCCGGCAGAGCUGCUCCCAGGAGGACCAGCCAUGUUCCAGCUGCUGCUGCUGGGCGCCGUGGUGCUCGGGGGGUACCUGUUCCUCACGCAGACGCUCUUCAAGAGAUCCAGGUGUAGGGGCAACGCCGCGGUGGCCGGCAAGACCGUCGUCAUCACAGGCGGGAACACCGGCAUCGGGAAGGCCACGGCGCUGCACCUGGCCCGGAGGGGGGCCCGCGUGAUCCUGGCCUGCCGGAACCGGAGCAAGGCCGAGACCGCCAUCGCAGAUAUCAAACAGGAAACAGGAAGUAGCGACGUGCGGUACAUGCAGCUGGACCUGGCCAGUCUGAGGUCGGUCCGCCACUUCGCAGAAUCGUUCCUAAAAACUGAGUCCAGGUUGGAUCUGCUCAUCAACAACGCCGGUCUGGUGGCUGACGGGCGGACCGAGGACGGCUUCGGGGUCCAGUUCGGGGUGAACCACCUGGGUCACUUCCUGUUGACAAACCUGCUGCUGGAGCGGCUGAAGGAGGACGGAGGAGGACGAGUCGUCACGCUGUCCUCCAUGGCUUACCGCUGGGGACACAUCGACCUGGAGGCUCUGGCGGUGAACCGGCACCUGGGCACCGGCCGGUACAGCUGGCAGUUCUUCCAGGCGUACUGCAGCAGCAAGCUGUGCAACGUGCUCUUCACCCACCAGCUCGCCAAGAGGCUGCAGGGCUCCAACGUCACCUGCUACAGCGUCCACCCAGGUGUGGUCCGGACCGAGCUGUCCCGGCACGUCAGCCUGUGGCAGAAGGUCUUCAUCGAGCCCGUGGCCCGGCUGCUGUUCCUGGACCCGGAGGCCGGUGCUCAGACCACCCUGCACUGCGCCCUGCAGGAGGGAAUCGAACCCCUGAGCGGACGGUACUUCUCCUGCUGCGCCGCGCAGGAGGUGGGCGCCCGGGCUCGAGAUGACGCCGUGGCGCGGAAACUCUGGGACAUCAGCGAGAAGCUCUGUGGACUCUCCUAACCCAGGGUCCCCUCCUAACCCCCGAGUCCUCUCCUAACUCCCGGGUCCCCUCCUAACCCCCGGGUCCCCUCCUAACCCUGGGUCCCCUCCUAGCCCCCGGGUCCCCUCCUAACCCCCGGGUCCCCUCCUAACCCCCGAUUCCUCUCCUAACCCCGGGUCCCCUCCUAACCCCGGGUCCCCUCCUAACCCCCGGUCCCCCCAACCCCGAGUCCUCUCCUAACCCCGGGUCCUCUCCUAACCCCGGGUCCCCUCCUGACCCCCGAGUCCUCUCCUAAACCCCGGGUGCCCUCCUAGCCCCGGGUCCUCUCCUAACCCCGGGUCCCCUCCUGACCCCGGGUCCUCUCCUGACCCCGGGUCCUCUCCUAACCCCCGGGUCCUCUCCUAACCCCGGGUCCCCUCCUAACCCCCGGGUCCUCUCCUAACCCCCGGGUCCUCUCCUAACCCCCGGGUCCUCUCCUAACCCCGGGUCCCCUCCUAACACCCGGGUCCUCUCCUAACCCCCGGGUCCUCUCCUAACCCCCGGGUCCCCUCCUAACCCCGGGUCCCCUCCUAACCCCGGGUCCCCUCCUAAAACAUGGAGGACAGGUCCAGGUUGAAAAAAUAAGACAUCAUUACCCUUAAAGUGUGUGUGUGUGUGUGUGUGGUGUGUGUGUGUGGUGUGUGUGUGUGUGUGUGUGUGUGUGUGUGUGAACUAUUGUUGUGAUAUAAACUGGAAUAAAACUUUGUUAUGUUGCAUCUUUUUCUG